AUGCGUGUCGCGAGUGCCCUGGUCUCCGUGUUGGCGUUGGCCGGCACGGGCGCCGCCAAAGUCUCUCGGCGUGCCGCCGACGAGGACGUCCGCCCGUCCGACGAUACCGUCGUCGCGCCCAAGAAGUUCAUCCUUGAGCUCGAGCAGGGAGCCAACAAGGACGCCGUGGUCCAGCACCUCCAGACCAUUCCUGGGAGCAAGGUUCUCAAAGUCUUCGACUCGUCCGUCUUCAGGGGCAUCGCCGUCGAGUCCGACAGCGAGAACACGGACUCGCUCGAGGCGCUCGUGCCCGUCGUCAAGGCGUGGCACUCUACCCGCAUCCAGCUCGCCCCCGUCGUGACCGGGGAGUCGUUCAGCGACGACGCCAAAGCGCUCAACUACUCAAUUCACUGGAUGACGGGCGUCGAUAAGCUCCACGAGCAGGGUAUUCUUGGGAAAGGCGUCAAGGUCGGGGUUGUCGACACCGGUACCGACUACACUCAUCCAGCCCUUGGAGGCUGCUUCGGAGAGGGCUGCAAGGUUGCUUCUGGAUAUGAUUUUGUGGGCGACAACAAUAACUGGCCCUACCCCGGCGAGGAGAGACAGCCCGAUGCGGACCCCCUUGAUUCCAUCGGCCAUGGCACCCAUGUUUCCGGCAUCAUUGCCGGUAAGAGCACGGAAUUCACAGGGGUCGCGCCUCAAGCCACCAUCUAUUCUUACAAGGUCUUCGGGCCCUCGGAAGGUACCAGCGAGGAGGUCUUGAUCGAGGCGUUCCUUCGCGCCUUUGACGACGGCGUCGACAUCAUCACGGCCUCCGUCGGCUCCACCGGCGGCUGGUCCGACAACGCCUGGGCACUCGUCGCCUCCCGCAUCGUCGAGCAAGGCGUCGUGGUCACCAUCGCCGCCGGCAACUCGGGCGAACUCGGCGCCUUCCUUCCCAGCAGUGGCGCCGCCGGCAAGGAGGUCCUUGCCGUGGCCUCCGCCGACGCCUACAUCGUCUCGGCCCGCCAGUUCGCCGGCACCUUCAACCUCGAUGGCCAGUCUAACCGGACCAUCCUCGGGUACCGUCCCGCCCAGGAACAGUUCCCCGCCGAGAUCGUCGGCUGGCCCAUCGUCCCCAUCACGCUCGACAUCAACGUCGAGAACGACGCCUGCCAGCCGCUGCCUGAAGGCUUGAACUUCACCGGGACGAUUCCGCUCGUGCGGUUCGAUGAGGGGUGCGAUGAUUACAUCAGGCAGAGAUGGGUCCAGGAGCGAGGCGCCAAGUUCAUGCUCUUCUACAUGACAGACAGGCCCAUUCUCGGGUUUUCCGGCGUCGGCUGGGCUCAGAGCAGAUGGGGUCUCCUCUCCAAGGACGCCGGCGAGGCCAUCGUGAAGACCGUCAUCGCCGGCGGCAACGUCACCGCCGACUUCUCCCUGGACCAGAACAACAACUACGUCGCCAUGUACAACGCCGGCGGCGGGAAGCCCUCUCGGUUCACCUCCUGGGGUGGCACCUUCGACCUCGAGCUGAAGCCCGACAUCACCGCCCCCGGAGGCAGGAUUUUCGCCCCCUUCCCCGGGAAUAUCUACCGCGACCUCUCGGGCACCUCCAUGGCCUGCCCCUACGUCGCCGGCGUCGCCGCACUGUACAUUGGCGCUCACGGCGGCCGCUCCACGCACGGCGCCGGCUUCGCCAAGGCCCUGCACGCGCGCAUUGUUGCCUCGGGCCGGGCAAUUCCCUGGUCCGACGGAACCAACAAGGACUUUGGCUUCUGGGCCCCUCCCAUCCAGGUCGGGAGCGGCCUUAUCGACGCCGUCUCAGUGCUCAAUGCGACUUCGCAGCUUUCGGGCGAGACAAAGUUCGCCCUCAACGACACGCACCACUUUUCGCGGUACCACCAGGUCGACAUCACCAACACCGGCGCUACGGAGCUCGAGUACGUGUUUCAGGUGCAGGAUGCCGCCGGAUUCGAAUCGUACUGGACCGCGGACGCUGCGGACGCCGGCAUCAAUCUCGUCCCUCGUAUCAAGGAUCUCGUCGAGAUCGAGCCAUUUAAGAUCGGCACCCCCGUGAGCGUGCCUUCAGGCUCGUUCAAGAUCGGGCCUGGUCAGACCAAGACUGCAAAGUUCUCUUUCGACAUCCCGCAGGGUCUAAACGCCACGAGACUGCCUGUCUUCGGCGGCAAGAUCCUCAUCGGCUCCAGCUCCGGCGAUGUGCUUUCUGUGCCCUACUAUGGCGUCGGCGGAAGCGUCGAGCACAGUAUCGUAGACAUGUACUACACGUCCUUGGGAUACCCCCGUGCCGUUUCUGGCGUUAACCGAACAUCGCUGUCCGACAAGUCGAGCUUCACUUUCGACCUCUCCCUCGAGAAGCAAGAUUUCGUCAGACUUCAAGUCGCAUUGACUUGGGGAACUCGCGAACUGCGCUGGGAUAUCUUCCAGUCCAGCUACCAGGAGCGUGAAUGGGUCUACCCGCCGGUCGUUGGCCAGAACAAGUACGUCGGCUCCGUAGCAGGCUUCGAUGUCUACAACAGCGUCAACUAUCCCGUCUUCGACCCCGCCACCGACAGCGUCAACAACACCAUCUCCUUCCCGCUGAAGGACCGGCCCCGCGACUCACCCUACGAGUCGUGGUGGCUUGGGAAGCUGGCGGACGGGAGCCAGAUCAAACCUGGAAAGUACAGGUGGCGCUUCGCCGCUCUCAAACCGUUUGCUAACCCCAAAGCGUCGGACAACUGGGAUAUCUUCGAGACCCCCGAGAUUGAGGUCCUGCCACUCACCGGAGGCAACUCCACAGCCUCUCUCCGUCACCGAACGCUAUCGAGAUAG